UCCAGGCUGAGAGGAAGGAUUCUGGCUUCGGCACAAUGACAGCGUCCAAAGAUCCGGUAAAGAAGAAACCGAAAGAGGCGCAGCAAGAUGAGGAGUUUGUGGACGUCAGCCCCCCACAGAGGAAUUGGAAGGGCAUUGCCAUCUCUCUGUUGGUGAUUGCAGUGGUCUGCUCACUCAUCACCAUGUCUGUGUUCGUCCUCACUCCCCCGGAAGUCCCCGGCAGCAGCAAGUCCAGUCUGAGUGUGGCAGAUCUGUACAAACCUGAGUUCAGCGUUCACGACCCCGAGGCCACGUGGAUCAGCGAUUCCGAGUUGGUGUACAGGAACCGCGACGGCCACGUCAUCAAGUUUAACUUCGCCUUGAACGAGACGGAAGUCAUCCUGAGCAACAGCACAUUUGUGGCCUUCAAGGUGGCAAAGUACUCGCUCUCUGCAGAUCUGAAGUAUGCGCUCUUUGCUUAUGAUGUCAAGCAGAUGUACAGAUAUUCAUACACGGCGUCUUUCAUCAUUUACAACAUAUACACGAGGGAGGUUUGGGAGCUGAACCCUCCGGAGGUUCAGAACGCAGUGCUCCAACACGCUGCUUGGGGAAGACAAGGACAACAGCUGAUCUACAUCUUUGAGAACAACAUCUACUACCAGUCAGACGUGAGGAGUAACUCCCUGAGAAUCACCUCCUCUGGGAUGGAGGGAGUCAUCUUCAAUGGACUUGCCGACUGGUUGUACGAAGAGGAGAUCCUGUGUUCACACUUGGCUCACUGGUGGUCGCCUGACGGAGAGAGACUGGCUUUCCUCACCAUCAACGACACCCAGGUACCCAACAUGGUUCUGCCCCAGUUCACCGGCAGCACCUACCCCAAAGGACUACAGUAUCCAUAUCCCAUGGCCGGUCAGACAAACCCAGUUGUCAAGUUGUCGGUGGUCAACCUGUUUGGAGCAACACACACGCAGGAACUGCAGCCUCCAGAUCAGCUCAGACUCAGGGAUUUUUACAUCACCAUGGUGAAGUGGAUCAGUAAUACUCACCUCGCAGUGCGGUGGCUUAACCGGCCCCAGAAUGCUUCACUGCUGACAGUGUGUGACGCCACCAUAGGAAUCUGUCUUCAGAGGCACGAGGAGUCUUCAGAGACAUGGCUAUCCAGACAGAGACAGGAGCCACUGUUCUCCAGCAACAGAAACAAGUUUUUCCUCACUCUGCCCGUGAAACAAGGAGGUCAGGGAGAUUUUCAUCACAUCACGAUGUUCAGCAAAAAGUUAAGAAGCGACCAGGACGAAGUUCGACACUUAACGUCAGGAGACUGGGAGGUGACACAAAUCGUAGCUUAUGAUGAAAAUAACCAGAUCAUAUACUUUCUGAGCACAGAGGACUCUGCACAACACAGACAUUUAUACAGUGUGUCCACCCUUGGCCUGUUUCCACGGCAAUGCCUCACCUGUGGGCUGAAGGAGGAGUGUUCAUUCUUCGACGCAAACGUCAGCCCGGUUGCACAGCAUGCCAUCCUGCACUGUAAAGGUCCUGGAGUUCCAGCUGUACUGCUUCUAAGUUUUGAUAAUGUGGACUCGUAUUUCAUCUUGGAGAACAACCUCCCCCUGCGGUCUGUGCUUGAGGCUAAAAGGAUGAUUCAGACUGAAAUUCGGAUGAUCACUAAUGAUAACUUUGAGCUGCCGCUAAAGCUCAUCUAUCCUCCUGACUUCUCAGAGUCCUACAUCUAUGGCCUCCUCCUUAUUGUCCGCAGCUCUCCAGGCGACCAGGUGGUGACAGAAGAGUUAAGGCCGGACUGGGAGUGGGUGAUGGCGGGAUCAGAGCAGGUCAUCGUAGCACAACUUGAUGGCAGAGGGUCAGGUUUCAGAGGUCAAAGGGUUUUACAGCAGGUCCAUGAGAGACUCGGCACAGUGGACGCAGAGGACCAGAUAGCAGCUCUGGAGUACCUGGUGAAGCUGCCAUUCAUUGAUCACACUCGUGUCGGAGUCUUCGGAGAGGACUACGGUGGCUUCCUCACACUGACAAUGCUGAAGUCGACAGAGAAGCUGAUCAGAUGUGCGGCAGCUCAGGCUCCUGUCAUUGAUUGGUCCAUGUACGCGUCUGCGUUCUCGGAGAGAUACCUAGGCUCACCUUCAACCGAGGAGAACAGAUACCAAUCAUCUAGAGUCCUGACCAACAUGAAAGGUCUGCAGGGGGGAACUCUGUUUCUGGCUCACGGCACUGCUGACGCAAAGAUUCAUUUUCAGCACUCAGCAGAGCUCAUCAAACACUUAAUAAAGAUUGGAGCCAACUAUACUAUGCAGAAAGUUAAAUGA